AUGUCAUCAUUCUCCGGUGUAUCUAUCGUCGAUGGCUACGACAGGUGCUACUGCAAGACAUCGGCCGUCGAAGCCGGCACGGACAGCGGCUACCAUCUCCUUAUGGUAAAUGGCUACUCGCGUACCAAAAAAGAGAAGCCCACCGGCAUGAGCAUCACCAGCUCUCGUGUUUUUGUGGUAGGAGGACAUGCUUGGUUACUAGAGUACUACCCUAAUGGCAAGAACCCGAACUGCGCCGACUUCAUCUCUCUCUGUGUCCAAGGUGAUGGCAAAGUGAAUGCUAGGAUCAGCUUUUCUCUCGUUGACCAGGUUGAGAAGCAGAUGCCAAUGUACAUUCGUGCAACUAAUAGAGCUUGCAGGUUCGUCGACAGUCAUGGUAAUGUUCUCUGGGGCAUCAAUAAGUUUCUCAAAAGAGAUGCCCUUGAGCGAUCGGCGAAUCUGAAAGGUGAUUCUUUCACCAUCCGGUGUGACAUAAUGGUUUGCAAGGAUCCUAGUACCGAGGAUCCCGGUGGCCAUGACACCAAGGUGCUCCUGUCUGACAUGGACCGGCAUUUUAACAUUCUCCUUCAGACCAAGGUGGGUGCUGAUGUGACAUUCGAGGUUAGUGGCGAGACAUUCAGUGCACAUCGUUGUGUGCUUGCAGCCCGGUCCAAAGUCUUCAUGGCACAACUCUUUGGCCCCAUGAAGGAGGGCACUACUACGUCUGGCGUCAUACAUAUCAAAGAUAUGGGAGCAAACGUGUUCAGGGCGUUGCUUAGAUUCAUCUACACAGACUCAUGCCCUGAAAUAGAGAAGGACUUCACGGAGGAGGCGGAAGAAAUGUCUCAAGUACUAGAAGAAGGACAAGAAGAUGAAACAAUAGAGGAUGAGAUGUGGCUGCAAUGGCUUCAAGACUUGUUUGUGGCGGCGGACAGGUACGAUCUCCAACGACUCAAGUGCAUAUGUGAAAUGCAAUUGUCUGAUAACAUAGGUGUGAGGUCGGUGAUGUCCACUCUUGCUCUAGCCGAGCAACACGACUGCCAGGGAUUGAAGGAGGCAUGUUUGAAGUUUAUCCAAGUCCAGUCUUCCUCGUGCUUGCAAACAGUAACGGCCACUGAUGGUUGGGAUCAUGUAGUUUCGACCUAUCCCUCAGUUUUGAAGGAGCUCGUCGUCAAGCUUGGUUCAAACCAACAAAAGUAA